ACCUCAAGAAUAUCUAAAACAAGGUAGAGGAAUUAAAAAAAAAAUUUUGCUUUGACAUACAGUAUUUUUUUUGUCCUGAACACAAAUAAAUGGCCAUGUGCUAGCUGCUGGUGAUACCAUAUUGACUUACAGUACAGUAUUUACAUUUUAUUGUAUGAUUAGUUGUAGGUAGGAUGAACCAACUAAAUUUACCUAACAUACAUACCCUAGGAUGGAAGUACAGCACAGCACAGGACAAUAUUUAGGUUAGCUUAGGUAGGUUUAAUGUGGUAAGGUAUGGAAAGGUCACUGGGAAAUGUUCCGUCACUUAGCAUUGGUUGGCUGGUGGGAAGUGAUUGUCAAUAGAUAAAGCACAAACAUAGUGUCAUCUGGUGAUGGAACGUACCAGGCGUUUGCUCAUAAUGAACCAGUAAAACUAACCAAAACAAAUUUUCAAGAAAGUUGGCAGUUCUCCACCUGAUUCUGGGUAUUCUUGAGAAACGAAUGGAGAAAGCCCUGAGAUGUGGUCUAGUCAACAGCAACAACAGGAAGAUGGGGAUGAUGGGAGUAGUGGCGGUGGAGGUCGGGACUCAUCCACACCCUCUUCCAAGCCAGAAGAGGGAGAUAUAUCUGCCUCUUCAUCUGAUUCAAGCGGAGGAGAGUCCCUCAAGGGAACUGCAACACCAUCUAGCUCUUCUUCCCCCCAAAAUCUUCCUCAGUGGCAAUACUCCAGGGAUGAACUCUUGGCACUAAAGGAAGCCCCCUUGUCUGUAAAAUGGCCGUCUUGUUUGGAUCCUUCCUACAACAAAUCCCCUGGACGAUGGGACCCUGAGAGAUGGAUCAGAGCAGUGCAUGAUGAGCGGCGUCCGUCCAGCACUGCUUCCACAGGCUCUACAGUGACCAAUAAUAGACCUGAUCGUCCACCAGACCUAGAACUCAAACGUAGCCGUGACCCUCGGGAGAGAGUAAAGCAAGAAGAACAAGACGGACUGGUGUUAUCUCCCCAGCGUCGAAGUUUUAGCACGGGCUGUCAUGGCUUGCAACAGCCACCUCCUGCAAUUAAACGUCCAGACUCUCCUACGGAACGCCCUCAGAGGGAGUCCCAUCGAGAGAUCCCAGCUCGUAGGAUUGGUUCUGGUCGAAUUUCUCGUCGAGACGACCUGGAAACUCCAGUUCCUGGAGAGAGAAGGGAAAUACCGAGGCGAGAUCGGGAUGUUGAUCGCGAUAGGGAUAGAGAAAGAGAGGUUGAACCUCGGAGAGAUAGCAGAGACUGGAGAUCGAAGCCUGAUCAAUGCUUUGAAAGAGAUAAUCGAUAUGAAAAUAGACGUCGCUUCUUUGAGGAAGAAGAAACUGACAAACGCCCAGAAAGAAGAGACAGGGAUCGUCGUUAUCAGGAACGACGGCGAAUGUCUUCUCGCAAUGAUGAGGAAGAACAACCCGAGUGGUUCACAGGAGGACCCACCAGCCAAAAUGAAUUCAUUGAGCUGGUUGGCUUUGAUGACAUUCCAGAGGAAGGAAAUACAUCUACUAAACCCCUAAGUAAGAGAGAACGUCGCCGCUCGAAAAAGGACAAAGACAGUGGUGGGAGUAGAAAGGGAUCUCGUAGCAACACUCCAGUAAUUGUUGAAGACGUAGUAAACAGCAGAUCACCAAAACUCCAGCAAGAAGAACAUGAAGUGCAGAAUGUUGGUGAUAUGAACCAGCAUCAGCCACAGCCAACAGUCAUUGAGCCUGUAGAUCAAGAGCUACCAGGAUUCAAUAUUGAUGACUACCUAGGGGAUAUUAUUGGCUACCCCAGUAAGGAGAUUGGAAGUGUACCGGAGGAGGUAAUGGCAGCUAAUAAUGCAAGUAGUGGUGGUUCAUCAAGAUUAAAACAGUUUUUCUCAAAGAGAGAGAGUCCUGUUUUAGGAUCUACCUCCAAUUCUCGACGUUCCUCCAUUGACUUGCCACCUCACAUCAACAAUCUCCUAAGUGAAAUCACGGGUAGCGAACCAAACAUUGUGAUCCCUUCGCCCACGACAGUCCUCGACUCCAACCGCUUCUUCGCACCAAUUUCUCCAGCAGACAAAACGGGUGGAAACUCCAUAGUGGACCUCCUGCAGCAGGCCACUGGGGGAAUAGGUGGACCAGACCCAAUGGGACCGCCACCACCAAUAGGUCCUCCCGGUAUACCAGGAUCACAGCCUCCACCUUCUAUUAAGGAUCUCAUGAUGGAUGGAAAAGGACAAAGUUUAGAGGAGGUUGAGGCUGGGAUUCGGAGUAUGCGCCAACCAAUCCACAAUCACCAUGGUCAUAUGGUCCACAACCACCACAACAUGAACCAGAUGACCGCCUUUGAUGACUUCCUCUCACAGGUUACUUCUACUCAGGGCACCAGCAAACCAGAUCCCAAGAAUUCAGCCAAGGAAAUGUUUAUGAAGUUGUUGAACGGAGGUAUGAAGGACGGCGGUGGAGUGGUAAAACCAUUGCCGCAGCCGGUUCAACCAGCUCUACCUAACGCCCCUACAGAAAACGAUCUCAUUGCAAUGUUUAUGAAGGGUAGUGCUGGCAGUCCCGGGCAGCAGCAACAGAACCAGCCUCCACCUCACCAACAAACCCGCUCUAUGCCCCCUCCUGCUGUACCUAACCUCAAUGUGCCCCCACCAAGCAUGGUGACUCACUAUCAGCCUCCACCCAACAUGCCGCAGAUGCCAAGUCAAGGACUAUCUACUCAGGAUGUUGUUAUGAAAUUGUUCCAAGUUCAGCAGCAGCAGCAACAACAAAAGAGACAACAGCAGCUCCUACAACAGCAACAGCAGCAACAACAGCAGCUUGAUCCAAUUAAACAGCUAAUGGGAGGUCUUGGUCGCAUGAGUGUUACUCCAUCACCUCAACCCCAAGAUCAAGUUCUGCGCGAUGCUCUCAUGCGUCCUGAUGUGCAGAAUCUCUUGCAGAGAGUGGCUAGUGGGCAUGUGACUGCUAGCCAGUUAGUAAAUCAGUUGAAAAGUGGCUCAAUAACACCAUCCCAACGUGAUGCAAUUUCUACAGUCCUGAAAUUUUUUAAAGGCCAGCAUUCACAACCCCUCAUUCCUCAUCGUACCACCCUUACUCCUUCUCCAACCCCCCAGACUGUGGUGAGUGGAGGCUUGUCUCUUGGGGGCAGCAACUCCCUGUCACCCCGAGUUGCUUCUCCCAACCCUGAUUCUUCCAAUAUGCUCAAUCCUCACAUCCUGCAGCAACAGUCUCGUCUUUCCCCGCUAAUGUUUACUGGUGGGUCGUUGGGUAAUAACCUGAGUGUGAAUAAUGUUGGAGGAGGUCCUCGCAGGCCCCCUUCACAUCAAGAACUAGUCGCUCACACUCAAAGUAUUAUGCAAAAGGCACUACUCAAACAGGAAUUGGAGAAAGCCAAAGAGAAGCACCGCAAACGUGAAGCAGAAAGAGCACGAUCUCCAAACCCCAACGCACCUGUAAAUGUCUCGGGAAUUGGUUCCAUGUCUAUUCCUUCUAAUGUAAACAAGGAUGGUUCUCCAAGCAAAUCUGGGGUUAAAUCACAGUCUCCUUUAGCUUUCACUCCAACCUCUGUGAUGAGGAAGAUGACUGCUGACCGUGAUCGACAUGAGCGUAUUGAUAAACCUGAUAGUCCGGUUGUUGUUGGAGACCUGAUGAAAGACAAUGAUAGAACUCGUGACCAGUUGGACAACCCAGUGAGUGUAGUAGCUAUGCAACUUCAGACCCCACUACAGCAACAACAGGUUUUAGGUCGAGGGAAGGUUGACAACAAACGGGAUAUGCGUCGUGGUGCCUCUCCUUUGCCACCCACUAGCUCCUCAUUGUCUCCUGGUGGGCCAAUAAUGGGUGGUAAGGGGCCCAUGAUAAUGGGAGGUGGUAACUCUGGAAUGAUGAAUAUGGGCCACCAUAACAUGGGUCCCCCAGGCCAGCGACAUCCUUCAGCAUCCAUUCAGCCACCAAACAUGGGAAUGUCACGAGGGAAUCAGCAAAAUCUUAAUAUUAGAGCUUUACAAGCAGCACAGGCCCAGGCAGUGCUUGCCCAGCAGUUAAUGAGAAGCCAAGCUCCCCCAUCAGGUAGUCUAGGUCCCCCACACCACAGAAUGCCCAGUGCCAAUCCCCCUGGUCCCCUCCAACAGCUCCUGCUCAAUAACAAUACUCCUGCCACCUCUUUACACCACCACCAUAAACAAGAUGGUGGCCUGCAUGUCCCACUAAUGUCCAUGGGAGGUAAUUCACAUCGCAGCUCCCCAGUCAACCUAGCCCAGUUCUUUGGUCGAGAUAUUAUGUCACAGGUUCAAGCAGGAGGGUUACCAGACCUUCCUGGUGGGAAAGUUUUAAGCCUGGAGGAAGUGGAGAGGCUGCAACAGACUCAGGCUGUUCCCAACUGAGCCUGUGACAGCCCUGUACAUGGCAUAUCAACAGUGUCAACUUCCAACACCAAACUCCGUUUCUUUCUUUCAUCAUACCUGCCAUCACAUGACAGUCAGAGUUUGUGCACUGCUCUUCCUUAGAAGUUUUAUUUCCUCAAAAAUUUGUGUUGUUCCUGCAGAAGUACUUUAAUGUGGCCCAUGUCCCCACUGAAAAUGUAAAUAUUGUGUAGUUGUGGGCGGUAAAAUGAGGUGCAUGUUAUAGUCAGCAAAAUGCCAAGUUAUAUUAAGUCUUGACAAGAAAUUAUAUGAACAAUGUGAAAUGACAAUUUAAUGCAAAACAAGCAUAGAUAUGUAUGUUUAUGAACUAGUAAGGAGUUACCUUACAGAAUCUUUUGUUGUCCCUGUACCUGCUUCUCUCUAUAGGGUGGAAAAUUUUAUUCGUUUUCACCAAUGAAAUUAUGAGUGUGACAAGCUCUCCAGUGGGAUGGUGUUAAAAAUGGAUCUGUAUUCGUCAUAUAGUGCGGUCAUCAGUCUGUACCUCAUUAUUUGAAUUGCUUCAAGACACUGUGUGUGCUGAGGCUUUUAGCUACUGUGAAUACAAUAAGUGUUGUGAUCUGUAAGAAAACACGUUCAUUGUACAAAUAUAGAAAUGAGGACAAAAGUCCCAAAUACAUUGAUAGUAUCAUAAAGGACAAAAGAUAUAAUAAGUGUUAUCAGUGUUGACUUUGUGACUCUAGUGUAUUAUGAGAUGACAAAUGACAUUGAAAAUUAUAAUUUUUGAGAAUGCCAUUCAUCUCCCAUCAUCUCUGCACCCCUCAAUUGGUGACCAGAAACACAGAUGAAUGACGUCUGUGCUGUUUCAAGAUACCAAUGUUUUAUUUUUUCUUAACAGUUACAUGUAAGUCAAACAGUGAUGAGGUGUUUAUUAUUUUUUUACAAAACCAAAUGUUGAGUGUGAUAUUUAUGUGCUUGCCACAUACAUUUAUGUUUAAGUGUAAGACUGAAGGACGUAACAAAGUAUUUUUGUAAAGAUUGUAGUUCCUAAGGGAUGCAUUAUAUGAAGAGAUGCUGUUUGUGGCAUAAAUCCCUUUCUGAGUGUGGGAUGAAGAAUGUGGAAUAAUGGUGCUUAUGUUGGGAUUUUGAAUGACUGAUUAUGUGUGCGUGUGUGUGUAGGUGUAUGUGUACAUGUAUGAGAUGGAAAAUUCUUCGUCACAGACAGGGACCCUGAUGCAGAAAUAGGCGAAUAAAAUGUCCUGCUUGCUAGAUUUGUAAGUAAACCACUGUACAAAGUUGUGUUGUGUAGAAGAGAAAUAUUUGUUCAUGUGUUACUGUGUACGUACGUGUUUCAUUUUCUCUAGUUCAUAAAAGCUCAAAUACUGUAGAUACAUUAUGAUCAUGGAGUUUAAAACUUGGUUCAUAGAUCCAAGGAGUGAUCUCCCUGACCAUGCUGGAUGUGCUGUGUAGUAUGAUAUGUUCAGAUCAUCGAAUUUGGUUCUUGGGUUAUGUGUUAAUAGUUGUCACUUGCGAUUUUAAAAAGAAAAGGAGUGAAUAUAAUUUAAAAAUUACCCAAGGGUCUUUGAUGAUUUGAUGUGUGUGAUGUAUGUAUGCACAUGUAUUAUAUAUAUAUAUGUUGGGUGAUUGGAGACUGAUUUAAUUAGUACUUUGAUGGAUGAAUACUGUCAUAGUGUUUCCAUUUUUUUUCUUCCUUUUUUUUUUUCAUUUAUUUAUUUAUUUUUUUUUGUGCGAUAUGUAUUCAAUUUUGGUGUAUUAUUGAUCCACAAAGAGAAUAUGAUGUACAUGCUUAUAAUAUUUGGCACACAAAUUUAGUGCCCUAUAUAGAUGAUAAUGUGUUGCCAAGCAGCACAUUCUCAAAUUCUGCCAUGACCUAUGUUGACUGCUGUUUACUGGAAAUCUAGGCAGUUUAUUGUUGUCUCAUAGUAUAUAUUGUCCCAUAUGUUGGUGACCGUCUACAUUCCUCAGUGCAACCACCAGUGUCAGUAGAGUCAUCCUGCCUCGCCAUGCAGGAAGUCAAAUGGCUGCCAUGUAAUGAACACUAAAGAUGGUGGUACUUUACACUUCCAAUGAAGAGAAUCAUUGUGUACUUCAUGAACUCAUUUUAAAACUUCAUUGAGGCUACUUUUUCACUUUUGCCAAAAAUUAGCCUUGUGAAUAUGAAUGACUCGACUUAAAUGACUACAAACUAACUAUAUAUAUAUAUAUAUAUAUAUAUAUAUAUAUAUAUAUAUAUAUAUAUAUAUAUAUAUAUAUAUAUAUAUAUAUAUAUAUAUAUAUAUAUAUAUAUAUAUAUAUAUAUAUAUAUAUAAUAAAAUUACUUGUGUAAACAAACCCAGGAGCUUACAGUAAAAUAUAGGGUUGAAGUGUUAUCUUGACAAACUCCUAUUGUAAUGGUUAGCUCUGAGUUCAUGUUUUUCAAGAGUUGUACCCCUGGCCUGGAGUGGUCUCAUUUCAAAACAGCAGUUACCAAAUGUAAUUUAAAUUCCAGGAUAUUUAUCAAGGCCUACAGUAGUAGACAACACAAUGAAGUACAGUACUGCAGUUUCACAUGGUUAGGUUUCUAGAGACAUCUCAAUAUAUCUAACAGAAAAGAAUAAGAUUAGUUCUAAUACUGCCAGCCAGCCACCAGUUCUCUAAUGCUAUGACAGCCAACAGCCUUCUUCACUACCCACCAUUCAUACAUAAGCAGCAAUUUGUUGCCCCACCUAUUCUACCAUCCAAAAUGCCUUGUAUGCUUUUGUUUAGGAAGAUGUAAUCAGAUAAUUAUUUGUUAGGUUAACGUUUACAACCGAGUCUUGCGUGUGUGCAGGCCCUUUUCCUCUCCCUCUCGUAUUGCCGCCAAUCAGGGCCCACCCUCUUGUGCAAUGCUAGCCAAUGUCUUCCCUCUCCACCCUCCACUGAUAUGUAUACAGCACUUUAUUACCAUGCCCUCUCUACCACCACAAUGUCUUGCAUGUUCUGUUGUUAAAUUAAUAUAAUCAAACAUUGUAGUGACUACUGAGGAUAAAAGCACAUAGAACAUGAUAAACACACAACCCAACCUAAGGAUGUAAACAUUUUUAAAUUGAGUAUGUGAACCAUACAAGACUCUGUAUUGGCAAGAAAUAACAUUAUAUUGGUGAUUGGCUGUUUGAUAGGUGGCUUUGCAGCAGGAAUGAAUGAAUACCAAAGUACAGUACUAUAGUGUACUGUGCAAGCAUACAUGUGCCAGCCUUACCGUAGGUGGUACACAAAACAUUUGAUUAUGAAUUCUAGCUGUACUGAAGGAGUAACUUAGGUCAAAGUUUGAACUGUACUUAUUUUUCUAGUGUUUAACCUUGCCUCCUGGUUUGGUUCUGAUCAAGAAGAUAUGGUUGAACUCUCGAACACUUAAGAAUUCAGUCUUGUGUUCCUGCUCUCACUUACUGUAUAUUAUCAUAAACGUAAAAUUUACUGAAUUGCAGAACUAUGUUGUACCUUUAUUCAGUCUAGGAAUUCUAUUCAGUGGGAUAGUCUCUUAUUGUAGAUAGGAAACAUUACAGUAAUGUACGGAAAAAAUCAAACUUAUAUUUAACUUAAUUUUUCCUGAAAUUUAGUGUUUUUGGUUAUGUACUAAAACAUUGCUGUACUUCAUUUACAUUUUCCAGCUAAGGAUAAAGCUUCUUAGUUGUACAAUAAACAGUGUAAUGUUGAAAUUAGAAGUGAGAUCCAUCACUCCAGACCAGAUACGACAGAGGAGACCAUCAUAUUUCCUCGGGAGACAAAACGCUACGUAAUAGAAACUCAGUGUAAAUCUCGUGUCCUCAGCUGUAUCAAUUCAUUCAAGAGAGAGACAAGAAUCCAAUAGCUACUUAAAUCAUGAAUUAUAUGAUCUGUAUUAUCUGCUACAAUAUAGGAUCAUUCGAUGAUUGUUAUAUUAAUAUGGAAAGUUAUAUAUUUGUUCACCAAGUUGAUCUAAACAAAGAAUACUAAAGGGAAAUGCAGUACGUAGUUCAAAGUAGAAAAAUGUAUACUGUUAAAGAAGUGAAUUGUGGAAUCUCGUGAAUAUUCAAGUUUACUCUAGAUCGAAGGUACUACGCUAAUGGGUACAGCUAGUGAAGAUGGACAGUAUAUGUAGUCAUUACUGAUGAACUCAGAAUUUGAGAGAAUAGCAGUAAUGCAUAAUGUGCAGCAUCAAAAUAAGUGGCGGUAUGGAGAUGGAGACUUUGGUAUUAGUUCUUCAUAGCAUACAAAUAAUGUGUUAAGAUUAGGAAUUUCUCUUACGCUAGCAUUAAAGUCUCUUCUCAGCUGCUGCUUACUGCAUGUUGCAUAACCAUCUCGCCAUCUCUUAUUAGGUCUCUUUCGGCGUACCUUCGGUCAGCCCUAACGUAUCCUGAGAAUUACGUUAGUAUUUGAAACAUAAUUUGGUUUAGUUUAUUGCAUAUCAUUCAACUUGGAAAUGGAACAAGAAAAAAUAAGUUCAGUAUUUCUUCUUAUUUAGAAAUGCUAAAAAUAAAAUACCAGCAGUUAUUAA